GAGCCCGAGAACCAAGCAAAGCGUCCACAAAAAAACGCAGACUGAGGCAUUCAAGAGAGGAGGCGGUCGGGCAGAAAUACGGGGGGGAAACCUGCCAAAAAUCAAAAAACAGGCGCGCAACGCAACAACAGAAGCAGAGAACAUGAGCGAGCGAACGCCGUGUUGAUUUGCCUAGGCAAGACACGGUGUGGCAUCGCCUCGUGUAGAAAGCCCAAGGCGUAUUAGGAACAGACAAAACAGGGUCAUCGGCGGCUGAUUCGGAUCGGGGGCACUGGCUACAUGACCAGCCUCCUCGCCAAUAGGAUCACUACCCUCGUGCGCGCUCCCAUGGCCGUCGCGGGGAGGCCAUUGCGGAUCCCGCCGUGGGAGGAGGAGCACCGCGCGUACCGCGGCAGGGGUUUGCGUUGUUCGGCUUGCCCUGCUCCAUCUGGCAGCGAGCGGGUGGUCGUGGGGAAGCAGGACGAGGCGGAGGCGACCGGGAUGGUGGUGAUCGUCGGCGCGACGGGCACCGGGAAGACGAAGCUGUCCAUCGACGCCGCGAAGGCGCUCGGCGGGGAGGUGGUGAACGCGGAUAAGAUCCAGCUGUACGCCGGCCUUGAUGUCACCACCAACAAGGUAUCCCUCGCUGACCGCCGCGGCGUCCAGCACCACCUCCUCGGCGCCAUCCGCCCCGAGGCCGGCGAGCUCCCGCCCUUGUCCUUCCGCUCUCUCGCCGCCGCCACGGCCGCCUCGAUCGCGGCGAGGCGGUGCGUCCCCGUCGUCGCCGGUGGGUCCAACUCUCUCAUCCACGCCCUCCUCGCCGACCGCUUCGAUGCCUCCGCCGCGGAUCCCUUCUCGCCCGCCGCCGCGCGGUAUCACUACCGCCCGGCGCUCCGGUUCCCUUGCUGCCUUCUCUGGGUCGACGUCGAGGAGGCGCUCCUCGCGGAGUACCUCGACCGGCGCGUGGACGACAUGGUUGACGCCGGCAUGGUUGAGGAGCUCCGGGAGUACUUCGCCACGACCACAGCCGCCGAGCGCGCCGCGCACGCUGGGCUAGGCAAGGCCAUCGGCGUCCCCGAGCUGGGCGACUACUUAGCGGGGCGCAGGAGCUUCCGCGCCGCGAUCGACGACAUCAAGGCCAACACGCGGCACCUUGCCGCCGCGCAGGUGUCGAAGAUCCGCCGCAUGGCCGACGCCUGGGGCUGGCCCGUCCACCGCCUCGACGCCUCCGGCACCGUCCGCGCCCGGCUCGACGGCGCAGGCCCCUUCGCCGAGUCCGCCUGCUGGGAGCGCGACGUGGGCGGCCCCAGCCUCGCUGCCAUCCGGAGCUUCCUCGGCGACCGAGCACCGCGAUGACGACAUCCAUGCCGAUGAGAUGGAUGCAAUGCUGCGAUGUGGUGGGGUGAAGCUGCUUUUACAUUUUGGGCGGAGUUAUUCACGUUACGGCGCAAAGGGUGAGGGGCUUUUGGGUUCGAGGGUUUAGGCCGCCGAUUUUGCUGGGUCCCGGCGGCGCCCUCUGCCGCUGGCCGAUGGGGUCAGAGAAGGGCACAGUCACAGAGAGGAGAGAGAUAAAAAGCUCGGUGUGUGGGGGAGAGAUAAAGGGCGCCCUCUGCCGCUGACCCGUUUAGAUAGUUUUUUUAGUUUUUUUUAAAUAGUCAGAAGCUAUAUAAAUAGUUAGUUUGUGCUCUUAGUUUUUAAUGGCUUUUUACUUACCGAGAAAACGGACGUGGCUGAAAUGUACUA